GCGAAACACACACCUUACAACAUACUCUCCAUACCCUAGGAAAUUAGAAAAAUUAUACUUUUCCGAAAGGAAUCAGUGAAAAAAAUUUAUAAAUGGAAACCCAAGUACAGUGAAUACAUUUGAUAGCUAAAACGAAAACCCUUGAGAACUAACCCUCGUUCUGUACGCGCGUAAAAAAGUUGCAACAGGCAUUCGAACGGUAGUGGAUCGGAGCUUUAGAGAUUUUUUAAUAUGUCGGGAGGUUUCUUCAGGGGGACUUCUGCCGACCAGGACACUCGAUUUUCUAACAAGGAAGCGAAGCUUUUGAAGUCCCAGAAGUUUCCUGCCGAGUUGGAUCAAUUGGUGGACAUGACAAAAGUGAAGAUGGAUGUUAUACGUCCUUGGAUAGCAAACAGGACUACUGAGUUUCUUGGCUUUGAGGAUGAAGUUCUAAUUAAUUUCAUAUAUGGACUACUGGAUGGAAAGGAGGUGGAUGGGAAGCAAAUUCAGAUUCAACUUACUGGAUUUAUGGAAAAAAAUACUGUUAAAUUUAUGAAGGAACUUUGGGGUCUUUUAACUAGUGCACAAAAAAAUGCAAGUGGAAUACCCCAACAGUUUUUGGAUGCCAAAGCAGAGGAGACAAGGAAGAAAAAGGCAGAAGCAGAUCGUAUUAAUUAUGAAAUCCAGAAGAAGAAAGAAGAAGACGAAAAGGAAGUGGAGCAGGAACGGCAGAAGAAGAUAAAUGCUGACUUAGAGACAGCAAAGAUUGCUGCUACAGCAGUGGUUUCUACAAGAAAUUCUGGGAAAGAUUCAUUGAAGAUAAGUCCAGAAGAUGAGAUGGCAGGUGAGAGGCGAUCUUCCCAUGCACGAGGCAAGAAUGGGGAUUCAAGACUGACACACGACGGUGAUCACUCUCCUCCUCAUCGUAGUAUCUCGUCUUCUCCAAGAUCAAGAAGUCAGACAGAUUCCAUUUCCAGGAGCCAAUCCAGGUCCCCUCCUUUGAAAAGAAGACACAGGUCACGGAGCAUCUCUCGAUCACCUCGGCAUAGAAGGCGAUCUCCAUCUCCAAUAAGGCGGCCUCGAUCUCCAAUGUAUUCUCCCCCUCGACGAAAACGGUCACCAUUAUAUGCCCGAUCCCCUAGGCGGAGAUCUCCGUCACCUUGGAGGCGAAGGCUGCCAUCUCCACGCAGGCGAAGGUCUCCAUCACCCCCUCGCAGGAGGAGAUCUCCAUCUCCUCCAUUGAGGAAAAGGUCGCCCUCUCCUCCACCAAGGAGGAGGUCUCCCUCUCCGCGCAAGCGGAGGUCUCCCUCACCACCACCCAAGAGAUCUCCCACACCUCCACCCAAGAGGAGAUCUCCCUCACCUGUAGCCAAGAGGAGGUCUCCAUCUCCACCACCUAGAACGAAGUUACCAGUUGCAAGGUCACCUGUACAAUAUAGGCCAUCUCCUGCAUGUUCUCCAAGAAGGCGACGAAUGGAUUCUCAAUCUCCUCCUCGCCGGCGAAAAAGAAGCCCUCAAUACAGGACUAAUAGGAGUCCGAGUAGAGAGCGUGAUGGUCGCUAUAAUGAAGUGGAUCCUAGGAGAUAUCGAGAUAAGAAUGUGUCUGAUAGACCUCGAGCAAAACGAUCUCCUGAUCAUGAGUAUGUUGAUAGAGAGGAGAUUGAGGGUCAAAGACGUGAUCAUCUACGUGCCGGAGGGCGGACUGGUGUGGAGUCUUCAGCUUACCGUCAAAGUUUGCCUAUUCAUCCUCGCUCACCACAACGUGAUGUAAGAAUGCGUAGUGGAGGCACCUCCAAUAUGCCAGAGUCACCACCAGCUUAUCUAAGUUCACCAAAUCAACGGCCUUCACCACGUGUUUUGAUAACACACAUGAAUGAAGAAAAGAGGCGACUGAGUCCACACCGUAGGCAGAUGGGAUCAGCUCGUGAGCAAGGCAGUCCACAUGAGAAUAUUGAACCAAGAAGGAAGCCCGAACAUAACACACGUUCCAUGGUUGAGGUUUCAAAUAGGAGGGAUCUUCAGGCACCUCAUGUGUCAGAAAGGAAGGAGUAUGGGCCUAGACGAUCAGGCAAUGGUCGAGAUUCUCCCACUGGCUUGCUGCUUAAUCGCUCUGGCGAAAAGCGUGGUCGUCAGGAAGGUUCAGAACUGAAAAGAAAUGAAUAUCGUAAAUACAAUAGGGAUAAUGUUGAUCGCAGUCCUGAAUAUCCUCAGAGGAGGAGGGAUAGCCAGAUAUCUUAUCCGUCAGAAGGAAUUGAAUAUGGACCAGGGAGAUUGGAUCAUGGACAUCCUUUACCAGUUUAUUCAGAAAGCCGCUCUGAUGUGCAUCGUCCGGGUACUGUUUUGCAGUCUCAUAUUGAAUAUGAUGAUAAAGAGGAUGCGGUAGGAUUGAUGAGAUCCUCUUCAAGAGACAGUUAUGCUGAUGAUGAUGGUAAUGCUUUCAAGGUUGAUGCUGCUCACAAGCCAAUUAUAAAACCAGAACCUGUAAAACAGAUGGAUGGUUCUGAUUCAGGGGAGAAUGAAGCUUACAGAAGGAAGCACGUAGAAAAAAGGAAGGCAAAGAGGGAAGAAACAGCAGGCCAAAUUAUAGAUGAUGAUGAAGAUGGUAACAUGUCACCUGGAUCCAGUGAAGAAAGACGAGAGGCAAAACGAAGAAAGAAGGAAGAGAAGCGAUUACGUAAAGAGGAGAAGCGUAGACGGCGUGAAGAAAGGCACAGGAGAAAAGAAGAACGUAGAGCAAGCAAAGUGAAAGCUAAGGCUCCAGCAACUGUUGCAACUGUUGAAAGGGACAGUGCAGCAGAGGAAUCAGAAGAUGACUACCAUGAUAGAGAUCAUUCUCAGCAAAGUCAAGAUGAGGAAAUGGAGGAUGAGCAGAAAAGAUUAGAGAUUGAGCUGCGUAGAAAGGCUUUAGAAUCAUUGAGAGCAAAGAAGGCUAUUAGUCACUAAAAUAGUUCUAGUGGCCGAUAGUCUUUCAAGACUACAAAGUUUUUAAAGAUUUGCUUCAUAUUGAAUCAUUGUUUUCUUUUCUGUAUAAAUUUUACAGGUUUAUUUUUCAUGAUCAGCCUGUUGGGAUGUUUUAUGAGGGUCUUCAGCACUCAGUGUCACUCUUUUUGACAUCCUGUGUUUUUACUGCUGACAGAAGGAAGUUCAGUUCUAUCCAAGUUGAGAAUGUGAUGACUUCCAAACUUUACAGAGGCUGUACGUUAGGCCCUAUGGCACUGAUUUCCGGGUAAUGUGUGCUGUGUAUCUGCAGUAAUCUUGCUUGUUCACCACUGGGUGUAUUCUUUCCAUUUUGUAGUGGAUUUUCUUACUGAAACAUUUAGUGGUGCUGAACCUCAGCAAAGUUGGCAUAAGUUAGUUGCUGCAGUUUUGAGUGCUCUGAAUUCUAUGGUAUGGCAGGUCCAAAGACGUUUAGCUAAGUAGGAUCUGGAAUCAACAAAUGCAAUAGCAUAUGCAGUGGAUGCAGUUUGUGUAAUACCAGUAAGUAAAUUUAUCAUAGGUAGGAAGCAUUGGGGGGAUUUUUUAAGAACUACAUUAUCGAAUGUUGUUGCUACUAACAAGCCUGAAGGUGUAGCCACUAUUAUGUAAAUCUGAAGUUCAUACUGAAACAAAUUUGUCGUUGAUUGGUAGAUGAGAAUACUGCCAACUAUAUAACUUGGUUGAGCCAGCCAUUUGCAGAAAGAUCCAUUUUUUGAUCUUCGAAACAGGUGAAAAUUUAGUAGCUAAUUUGUGGUACAUUUAUAAAUGAAGACUGAAAUGAUGCACUGGUUGCAAUAAUUUUCCUCUGAAUAAAGGAAAUUAGUAUCAAAUUUGGAGAGUGUAUUUGGGUUUAACUUCAUGAUUCGGUCAAUGGCAGCUACUGACAAAAGUCAUCGAAGACUUUAUAUUUGUUAUGCAUCAUGAUGAUUUUGCUCGUCUUAUGCUCUUCUGAAGUAUAUGCAUCAUGAUCUCAUCUCAGCUGAUGUAACUUUUCCUACUGAGGAUUGGUUUAUUGUAUUUUUUGUUGCUAUAUUUGUACUAUUUCUUACCAGCAGAAAUGGAAGUUUUCUUAUCAACUUAUAAAAUACUCUACUGAAAUUUAUGCA